AUGGCGGAACGUUUAAAUAUCAAACUGAAACAGCCUAAUCCUCUGUUUGAAAAAUGGCUCGAGAAAUGGUUAGAAGACGCAGAGCGUCGUAAUGCGAAAUCACAGCACAAACUUCGCGAGGCAUUGAUAGCUCUUCGUAGCUAUCCACUUCCAUUGUCUUCAGGAAGAGAAUGUGCUAUUCUUAGAGGUUUCGGCAGCACUCUAUGCAAUCUUAUCGACGAGGAACUUCAAUUGUACCGAGAAAAACAAAAAAAUACUCCUUUAGAACCUGCUAUGAAGACAUUCGAAUCCGAUGUUAAACAACUCGUCGAAUCCGUCAAAAAAACCAAACGGAAGGAAUCUCCAAAUAAAUUAAAACCGAAAAUAACUAAAAAAGAGCAGAAAGCAAUAGCUGAAGAAGAAGAACGUCAAAAACAAGUCUUUAUGAGUCCAGAUCAAACACGUAGUUAUUUGGAAAGUUUUGAGGUAUUGUAUGAGGUACGCCGUUUGACAAUCGGAGAUUUCCUUUGGAUUGCACGUGACCAAGACGGUAAUGAACUUGUUCUCCCAUAUAUUGUGGAGCGUAAACGGUUUGAUGAUUUAGCCUCGAGCAUACGCGACGGUCGAUUUCAUGAACAAAAACAUCGCUUACGUCAAUGUGGAAUACAAAAUGUGAUUUACUUAGUAGAAGACUAUGGCGAUAAUGAACAUCUUGGUUUGCCUAUGGAAUCCUUGCAGCAGGCAAUUGUUAAUACACAAAUACAUUCGGGAUUUAAAAUUGUUCAUACCCAAAACAACUUUCGUUCCAUGAAACAUUUACAAAGUGUCACGAAAACAUUGAUUCGCUGUUUUAAAGAUAAAGUUCUGCUUAGCACAACUAAGGAAGAAUUGCGACCGUGUCGUGUGUCUGCAGACAUGGUUGGGCUGCUGAAAUUUCGUGCUUUGUAUGAGGAUUCGGCGCGAGGAGCACAAUUGACAGUGCGCGAAAUAUUUGUGCAACAAUUACUACAAUUACACUCCUUAUCACUGGAAAAAGCACUAGCCAUUGUUGAAGUAUACCCCACACCCCGAUUACUAUUUGAUGCUUACGAAUCAUGUGUAACUGAGAAAGAGGCUCGUUUGUUGUUGAGCAAAAUAACUUGUGGACCAUUGCAAAGACCCUUGGGAGAGAAAAUUAGUCAGACUGUUUUUGAUUUCUAUAAGACUGAGUUUUAAGGAUUGCUUUUACAAAUACUUAAAUAUUUAGUCAUACAUGCUGCGUCGUAUAAUUGGUGGAAAACAUUUUUAUAUCAGCAAGUUUAAACAAAUAAAAGCACAUGUAGAUAUAUAUUGUUAAGACAUUGUUAUAUAAAUAAAUAAUUAUUUGCAAUUUGCAUAAAUACUUGCGUUUAAAUAUUUUUAAUUAAACUGCUUUGUGAUAGUGCUUCCAAUUUCUUCAAUAACAGUGCUGCAUCAGCAAACAACAACAAGUUUAAAGUAUAAAGUUUUAUUUUGGACAUUUAAGCUCAAGAUCUGUACAACUGUAUUAAAUAACUGCUUUUAAAUAAAACAAUAUUUGUACUAACUUGAAUUUACAAUUGAAUUACAAUUUACUAUGAAAAUUUAUUGAAUAUUACUAAAACACAAGUCUUGCUUUUGUAUUCUACGGAACCUGUAUGCUAUCGAAUUAUUUGUGCAACCUUAUUUAACAUUAAUAAAGCAUUAGUUAUAAUAUAUAUAUAUACGUCUUUCAAUUUAAAUAAAUUUUUUUGUUCAAAAUCUUAUUCAUAUACUCUUACAAAAAAUGCAGUGGUUAAGUAAUUGCAGCAAAAUGGCAACGAUGUUGAGAAUAAGAACUGUUCCCAUACCAAACGAACUGUCAAUUUGACAUUAACUAAUUUACUUACACGUCCCUGGAGUUUUUCUCUAAUCAUUGCACGAGAUUAACUUUAGUUAAAUUUAUUUUAAUUCUGCUUUCCAUUAAAAUAAGCACAUUAGUAAAAUGUCAACAAGGACCAACACAAUUGAAAGGAACAGCAAUGGCAACACAAAGUCAUUA